AUUUAUAACCCUGGCAUGAAAUCGCAAAAUAAUUCGUGAGGAAACCGGAGCAUUUGUAAGAAAACUGUUUGCUAAAAUAUUGGUUUUUAGAAAAUAAUUGGAAAUCAACAAAUAAAAAUAAUCUUUAGUAACAACUAAAUACAAAAAGCCUAAACACAAUGGAUAACUAUUUAUUUGAUGGCGGUCGCAUACAAAAAAUGGAGGUGGACUAUGCUCCAGCCUGUGAUGAAAAAAUACCAGCCGCUAAGGAAUUGGCCAAAAAGAAUCCCGAUUCAUUUCACGAGGCCAUUGAAAUGUUGUUGACACUGGAAAAACAAACACGUAUAGGAGCCGAUAUGGUAUCUUGUUCUCGGGUUUUGGUGGGCAUUUGUCAAAUCUGUUUUGAGGCCGGCAACUGGAAUGCUUUAAAUGAGUAUGUUACACUGUUGGUGCGUAGACGUUCCCAACUGAAACAGGCUGUAUCGAAGAUGAUACAAGAGUGUGUUACUUAUGUGGAAAAAACACCGGACAAGGAGACAAAAUUGAAACUGAUCGAUACUUUGAGAUCGGUGACGGAAGGUAAAAUUUAUGUGGAAAUUGAAAGAGCUAGACUUACAAAAAUUUUGGCUGACAUUAAGGAGGCUGAUGGAGAUGUUGCGGGUGCAGCAGCUGUUAUGGAAGAAUUGCAAGUGGAAACUUAUGGUUCCAUGGAUAAAAGAGAAAAGGUUGAACUUAUAUUGGAACAAAUGCGUUUGUGUCUGCUUAAAGAAGAUUUCGUUUCCACUCAAAUCAUAGCCAAGAAAAUCAGCAUCAGAUUCUUUGAAGAUCCUGCCCAACAUGAUCUCAAAUUGAAAUUCUAUGAUUUAAUGAUAAGUCUUGAUCGUGAUACUUCAUAUCUGAAGACCUCGCGCCAUUAUCAAGCAAUUGCUGAGCCACCCAAGGCUGUAGUGCCUAAAGCUGAACCCAUGGAUGAAGAUAAAAAGAAGACUGAAGAGAAAGAGAAAGAAAAGAAAAAAGAUAAGGAAGAUGAAGCUAAACCAGUGGAGGCCCCCGCAGUUGAACUGACACCUGAACAGGAAAAAGAACUAAAAGAAAAGUUAAUUUGCGCAAUAUUGUAUUGCAUAUUGGCUCCCUAUGACAACGAACAAAGCGAUAUGAUGGCUCAUUUGGCUAAGAAUAAGAAAUUGGAAGAAAUUCCAGUAUACAAGGAAAUCUUGCGUUUGUUUAUGUCAAAGGAAUUAAUUAACUUCGAAACCUUUAAUAAUGAUUUUGGCACAGUUUUGGCCGAAAAUGAAAUGUUCCAGGAGAGCACAAAGCAUGGCAAGAAAUGUAUUGCAGAACUAAAAGAUCGUUUGAUAGAACAUAACAUACGCAUCAUUGCAAUGUACUACUCUCGAUUGCAUUUGAAGCGUAUUAGUGAAUUGCUGAACUUACCAACAAAUCGCUGUGAGGAAUAUCUUUCUAAAUUAGCAAAUAGUGAUACCAUACGCGUGAAGAUCGAUCGUCCUGCUGAAAUUAUCUACUUCACAGUUAAGAAGAGUCCAUCGGAUGUUUUAAAUGCCUGGUCUAAGGAUGUUAGCCAACUAAUGUCUUUGGUUAAUAAGACCUGUCAUUUAAUCAAUAAAGAAGAAUGUAUUCACUCUGUUAAAAGCAUUGCCGUAGAGGAAUAAAUAAAUGCUGGAAAUUA